UCGUCAGUCCUCGGUUGCCUCUGAAAGGGAAAACAUCGGCGAGAAGCAGUUCGGUGUGCCUGCGCCAGCUGCGCGCUCUGCCGCGUUCAGUCGUGCAUCCUGGCCUGUAGGAUGUGAUGUGGGAAGUUAAACCUCUCAGUCUUUUCUUGUCCAAUGAGCAGGCAUGUGUUCAUGAAGAGAACGAAGACAUUUUGCCUCGGAUGUUUCCGGGGAUAAUGUUGACAGGGUUGUUGCACUGUCCCUCCUUGGUUCCGAACAGGGAAGUCCCAACCAGGGCUCUAUUUUGAGUCACCGUCUUACGCCGUGCUCGCCAUGAUGAUAAGCGCUCGAGGAUUUCCGCAGCACCCGCCGUGUUUCAUCAGCGCCGCCUCCCCCGCCAGCCCGGGGCCGAGGGCGGCGGCGGAGGUGGAGGCGGGGGACCUCUGGGGGCGGGUGCUGCUCACCCCGCCGGACACCCCCACCUCCCCCUCCAGUACCACCGCCCCCUUCUCCCCGUUCGUCCAUUCCAAUGACCCUUCCGACGACGGCAGCCCGAGCCCGAGCCCGCCCCGCGGCGCCAGGCUGCGGGCGACGCUGGAGCCGACGCGGGACUCGCCGCCGGAGCCGCCGAGUGAGCCUCACACGGCCGGCUGGAGACUGCGCAGCCGUCGGCACAGGCUGAGCACGCGCCCCGUCAAGCGCCCGUUCACGCCGGACAUCAAGAAGCUGCUCAAGGGCUGGCUGGUGCGGCGGCGCGACAACCCGUACCCGAGCCGGGCCGAGAAGGAGGCGCUGGCCUCGCGCACCGGGCUCACCUACAUGCAGGUUUGCAACUGGUUCGCCAACUGGCGGAGAAAGCUCCGCGACUGCGCUCGGCCAGAGGACGGCGACGCCGCCGGCGAGGACGACGCCGACAGCGGCCCCAGCGGCGGCGAGGGGACGGGCUCGUGGGCGCACCUCAUCCGCAGAUACAACGCCCUGGCGGCCGCCCCCAACUCGUCCACCGCGCAGGAGCACUUCUCCAUUUCCUCGAGCGACUCCAUCUGGCAGGCGGACGGCGACGCGACGGACUCAGACACGUGCCGCGGUUCUUCCGAGGCGCAGCAGAACGCCUACGUGAGCUCCACCACGACCGAGUGCACUGACACCGAGACCCGAUCUGACGUCACGAAGCCUCCGUCCCCGCUGUCGUCCGUGAGCGUCGCUCGCAAGCGGGGGCACUCUUCCGGCGACGCCGACGGCGAGAGCGCUGCGAGCUGGCCCGCGGUCCUCGGCGAGGCAAAGCGGGGCAGGAAGCAGGAGGGCGUGGAGGACCUGGAGGAUCUCGAGUGCGCCUCCGGCUCGGCGUCCGGGUCGGCGUUACUGCUCAGCAAGUGGCUGGAGAGCGCGGCCCGGUACCAGCCCAACAGCGCGGCGGCCAGCGCGCCCGGCUGGGGCAUCGCGAGCGUGGCAGUAGAGCACACCCUGGAGGGCCGCCAUCGCGAGGAGUUGGACGCAGCAGAAGCUCUGGCAUUCCUCUCGUCGCUCCACUUCCGGUAGCCGCCGUUUCAACUGCCAAGGGCCGAUUUUAAGACAAGACAUUCUUCGAUUAUUCGAAGAGAAAAGAUUUUACCUGUUGACGCGUGUAUCAGUGUAAACAAUUUUGUAUAUAUUUUGUGAGAGUAGGGAAAAGAAAAGUGUGUAUUAUAAUUCGUUUUCAACUGUUUAAAUGACACAAUACGAUGGGCGUAUGCGUUUAAGAGUGUGGAUGAGUCAUUCUAGUCUCGGAAAAACAUUUUUUAAUAAAAUGAUUUGGAAUUGUAAAAAUUUAUUGAAAUAGUCA